GAAUUUAAGGACAGCUGAACUGACGGAUUGCAACACAUCGAAGUGUUUCUACUCAGCCAUGGCCUCGGUAAGAGGACAUCUGCUUCUGCUUAUGCUGCUAGCAGUGAAGGGAUCGGAAGAUUAUGAUCCACUUCUUCAAAGGGAAGUUUUGCCCCCUGAUUUUGAGUCGAUGCUUCAAAGGCCUGUUUAUCCUACUGAACUCUUGGACAUGAUGAAACAGGCAUCACUGGUCCCUCACCCUCCUGUGAGACCGAGAGGUCGUUAUAUACCACCUGACCCUGUGGCUUCAUCCAUUCCUUUCCCACUUGCACGUCCAACCACCAACAACAUCCUUGCCAUCUGUCAGUAUAAUAAUCUUCGCCCUCGGUAUACUAAAGACAAGCUACCAAAGUAUGGCUACGGUAACCUGCACCGUCAGGCCAAUGCAAUCAAUCAGUUGGAGUCCUGGUUUGCUGUGUGCUGCAGUAAUGGUACUCAGGAUGAAGAAGUGACUCUGUGCUGUGCACAGCAGGUGUGGAAGAAGUCACUCUCUACCUUCUGUCAGGAGGAAUUCAGCAUUAAGACCAGUCACUAUCACUGCUGUAAACUGCGUGGACGGGGAAGAUGGGACUGUUUUGAGAACAAUGCUCCAAACCCAUCGUACCAGCCUUCUGGUCAUGAGGUGACAACCACAGUCCAAGGUUUUGACUUUAACCCAAGUAGCUGCCAGAAUACAAGUGUUUCAGAGACGCCUCCCACAGCAGAGAGGGUGGCUGCACCCCUAAAUCUCAACUUGGGAAUGCAGAGAGUUGUGAUCCCUGAUAUUCCGAUGACUGUCGGAGAGGAAGAUUUCUCAUGCGAUUAUGUGUCCUGUCAUGACUCCACGAGGCUAUCCGUUCCUUUCCCUCUCGCCCGUCCAACAACCACCAACAUCCUUGCCAUCUGUCAGUAUAGUUACCUGCGCCCCCGGGAUUUUGAGGAGAUACUACCAACAAGUGGCUUUGGCCAUCUGCAUCGUCAAGCCAGUGCUAUCAAUCAGCUAGAGUCCUGGUACACUGUGUGCUGUGCUAAUGGCAGCCAAAAUUAUGAGCUGAUUCUGUGCUGUGCACAGCAGGCGUGGAAGAAGUCGCUCUCUGCUUUCUGUGAAAAUGAAUUCACAAUUAAGACCAGACAUUAUCACUGCUGCAAAGAGAAUGGACCAGCAAAAUGGGACUGCUUUGAGAAGGAGGCUUCAGAUACGUCAUACCGGCCUUCCACAGUCCAGAGCUUUGACUUUGACCCUAAGAGCUGCCAGAAAAUAAGCAUUUCAGAGGUGGCUGGAAGCACUAUGAAAGAGAGCAUUAUUAACAUCAACUUUCCCCCUGGUCGCCCGAAUUCUGCCAACAUUGUACCACUCUGUGCUUUUCGCAAGCAUCGCCGCCGUUACCUCACCAGAUGUUUGCCUCAUAGAGAUGUUGACUGGCUUACCCAUCAGUUAAAGGCCAUCAAUGGCCUAGAAAAAGAGUUUGGUCAAUGCUGUAAGGAGCGCAAAGAUAUUCAAGCCUGCACUGAGGGAAAGUGGAAGAAGAUGGUGGAUAGAUUCUGUAAGGAUGAGAAGAAGGACCAAGUAAACCAGUUUGAAUGCUGUAAAAAGCAGAAAGGAGAAGAGCAAUAUAACUGUUUUAAUAAUACUGCCCCAAAUCCACACUACAUGAUCACGAGUGACUACAAUCACGACGAACCACGUCCCGUUCUUGACAUGUUUUGUGAUACAUACACGGCUCUUCAGAAAAUGAAUCAUUUGCCUUUUGCUGUUGAUAAAAUGGCUGAAAAGUGCUGCAUCCUAGUGGAUGAUAAGAGGUCUGCAUGUUUACAGCUACAGCUGGACAACCUUUUGGAUGAAGCUUGUGAAGGAGACAACCCAUUAUUAGCACAAGUAAAGCGAAACUGUUGUAAGAAGACUGGCAAGGGACGCUCCAAAUGCAUCACCAAGCUGCUCUUGCAUAACAUUGCUAAAGCAAAAGGGAUUAACAAAAAUCGCAGGAUAUGCCUAAUCUUUUCAUAAAACCCUCGGUACAUAUUAAAUGUGGAUUUUUUUUUUUUUUUGUGGUUAAUCUUUCAAGUUCCACUGUUUCAUAUCAAUACCACUUGCAUUAAUGAACUUGUUUUGGUGUCUUAUUCACAUACUCAUGGGUCAUUUUGUUCUUAUGCAUCGUCAGAGCUGCAUGGAUGGAUCACCAUUACAUUACCUACUCACAGAACAUAAACACAAUAAAAUUAAAUACAAAUACAUCUUA